AUGCUCCCUGCCUGGUUCCCACCGAGCAGCAGACAGCUAAUGCUGCUUUUCUUCGCAUUCCUGUCUCUCACAUCAUUAGUCGCGGCAUCCACACCAACCUCCUUCUGCAAGUGUACUUGUUUCUCGAAUAGCACCAUCAUCCCCCUCAAUCCCGCUAAGUCCGAAAGCUCCUCCGGCAUCGGUCAUGUCCUCCGCUUCUACGAGGACACCUCCAGCCCUGAGCUUGAACAUACCGAUGAAUAUAUCAAACGAGCUCGGAAAUACCGACCCCUGAAUUGCAAUGAUUGCAAUCGCAAAUUUUGUCUUGAUUACGAGCUACCGACAUGCAAAGGCGCCAAGGAGGAAGACGUGUAUACGACUUGCUUCCAACGCGAUUCACGAAAAGAUGAGGCGGUGGUGUUUAUUUUCAUUUUCGCUACCGGUGGGCUCCUGGCCUGGGCUGCCUGCAAGCCAUGGAUUGAGCGAUAUGUUGAGGCCGCACGAGAACGCAGGUCGUAUAUUCCCGUCGCUGAAGCUGACCGCUGA